AUUUAAUUAAAUUUGUAAAACUCUUUUGAACGAGGGGCUUCAUGUCUCCUUCUUCUUGCAGCUACUGUGGCAAAAGCUCAUUCAUCCGCGACGAUGAAUCUGGCGCGUUGAUAUGUUCUUCUUGCGGUUGCGUUCAGCAAUUCGACCAAUUUGAAGCCCAAAUCGGCGGCAUCGAUGGUCCCCAGGGUACCUUCAUCCAUGUCGGCACCGCCGGUUCCGGCAGCGUAUACUCUUACAGAGAGAGGAAACACUUUGCCGCAAAAAGCACCAUCGAGGAAGUAACCUACAGUCUAGGGUUAUCUUCCAAGAACGGUGACGUCAGGAGCAUGGUGAACACCGUCACCGAUGGUGAGUUUGGCCAGGGCGAGUGGUUCCGCGUGCUCGUAGGCGCGUGCGCGUAUGUUGUCAUGCGGAGGGAGGACCGACCCUUGCCCAUGGCUGAGGUUGCCUCCACGGUGGGGUGCGACGUGUAUGAAAUUGGUAGGAUGAUUCAGCGUGUUGUUGAUUUUUUGGAUCUGAGACCUGAUUUUCCCGAGUUUGACAUUGUGCAUUCGUUGGAACGGACAAUUAAAAAUUAGUCUUUUUCCUCUGUUGAGAGGGGUGUGAUUGAGAGGAUGCGGAAGCAGGGGGUGUUUUUGAUUCAAUGUGCGGUGAAGUGGUUUUUGAGCACUGGCCGCCGGCCCCUUCCGCUGGUGGUGGCGGUGUUGGUGUUUGUGGCGGAGUUGAAUGGGGUCGUGGUGGUGAUGGAGGAAUUGGCUAAGGAGGUUCAUGCUAGGGUUUCGACUUGUAGGCUUAGAUAUAAGGAGUUGCUUGAGACGCUUGUGAAGGCUGCGCAGGUGUUGCCUUGGGGUAAGGAUGUUACUGUUAAAAACAUUAUUAAGAAUGCGCCUUUGGUGAUUCGGUAUAUGGAGAGGAAGGUUAUGUUGAAUCCUGGGAAGGCUCAGGAGAAGAGGAAGGGCCUUGAUCAAGCUGCGGUGGACUUGGAGGAUGUGGUUGCUGAAUGCUUGAGACAUGACAAUGAAUUUGAAUACGGCGUUGAUGGUGUGACUUCGCGUAAGGAUUUACAGUAUUUUUCGUUGGAGAGUAAAAGUGUUGGGCAUGCUGACAGGAUGCAGAUUUCCACUGAAUGCUUGUCUGUGAUGUAUAAGAAGUUCUUAGAUCAAAAUCGUUGUGCUGAGCCAUUGAGAGGGAGUGGAAAUGCUCGGAAAAGGUUUAUUUUUCAAUUUGAUAUUCUGGAGUGUAGGGAGUGGUGGGAUGGAAAAUCUGAAUUGAGCAAGAAGCUUAUGCUUAAAGAACUAAUGGAGAAGGAUGUUGGUGUGGAUACAAUGCCGCCAUCGUUUGUCAAUGGUCUGUUGAAAUGUAAAAUCAGGAAGGAGAAAAUCAAUGCUGCUAAGUUGCGCAUAAAACGAAUUAUGCAACCAUUAGAUGCUAAUCUGGGUGAUGUUCCUGUCCCUUUAGAUAGCUCUUGUCCUGAAAGAAGGAGGAAGAGAAAAGGAAUGGUAGUGGACGAUGUUGAUUGGGAAGACCUUAUUAUUGAGACCCUUGUUCUUCAUCAAGUAAAAGAUGAGGAAAUUGAGAAGGGGCAUUACAAUACCUUACUGGAUCUACACGUGUUCAACUCUGGGAUUGUAUGAGAGGUUCGGAUACAGAGGCAUUCUGUGAGAAAUUUCAGAUAUAUUGCUAUUGUAAUUGUCAAUUUUGUCCUAGACAGCCAUCUAGAGCAUAUUUUUUGUUGCUGCAAGUUUUGUACGAACAUCUUUUUUUGUAUGAAUGAUGAUGGCAAUUUUGUUUGUUACUUUUUAACAAUUCAGGGUCCUUAAUGUACAUACUUGAUAUCUGCACACAAUGAUGAUUCUAUAUACAUUUUA